AUGAAGCUCACCCGCGCUAUUUCUCUGACCAACUUCAUGGUCGCUACCUCUGCGCUUGGCUUCCAGGUUUUUGUUCUGUACCCGUGGCACAAAGAAUUGGACAAUGGAUUCGAAGAUCUCAAGAAGGAACACAAGAAAGUCCUCGAUGCUGUGGGAAAGAGUGUAAGCGAACAGCAGCGAAUGGCG